AUGGUAGAACCUUCCUUUCAUACCCUCAAACCUACCGCCACCAUUAAGUUCUUGUGUAGCUACGGCGGCCAGAUUCUCCCCCGUUAUCCCGAAGGCAAACUCCAUUACCAUGGUGGAGAAACCCGUGUUUUUUCCGUCGAUUGCUCGAUUUCCUAUGCUGAACUGGUGGUGAAGCUUGAGGAGAUGUGUGGAACAUCUUCAACGAGUUUAAGGUGUCAAUUGCCAACAGAAGACCUAGAUGCACUUGUAUCAAUCACAUCCGAUGAGGAUCUGGCCAAUCUCUUUGAGGAAUACGAUCUUAUCACGGCGGCGCCGCUCGCAUCUAUCAAGAUCAGGGCCUUCCUUUCAACCCCGAAAACCACCAAAAAAGUGUCGCCUGCACCCUCCUUUGCCUCCUCGUCCUCCUCCUUGUCUUCAUCCUCUAGUAACGGCGCUACGUCGCCCAAAUCAAUUUAUUGCAACACCGCCGCCACCUUACCCCGAAGAUGUCCAACGUCGAAUACUGGGCAUUGCUUUCGAUAUGUCUCGAAACCGCCGGUAUAUCCGCCAUUUAAGGGUGGAGCCACCGUGAGACAGAUUCCUAAGUUUGCUUAUCGUCAUGUGCAUGGGAACAAUAAUGGGCAGGUUUAUCUUAUCCAAAAUGGGAAUUGGGAACCAUCGAAAUAG